AUGAAGGCCCUAACAAGCAUACUCACCCCAAUCCUGGGACUCAUCCCAGUUCGCCAACUCUCACCAGAACCGCAACCCCAAUCCCAAUCUCAAGUCCAACCACCCUCAUCAUGCCCGGACUACUCCUCCUACGCCAAAACCCGUCACCCUCCCUAUUCCAGCGGCCGCCACUCCCUCUCUUACCAACGCCCUUCUCCCCAAUGCCGAACCUUCAACUCCUCCAUCAUCGAAUCCUUCAUAACCAACAUGUCCACCGUCAUCUCCGACCCCGACCACUACCGCCUCUUCCAAAAUACCUACCCCAACACCCUUGACACCGCAAUAAAAUGGCACGGCGUGGCCGCCAACAACUCCGCCGAAGAACUCACCUUUAUCAUCACCGGGGACAUCAAUGCGAUGUGGCUCCGCGACUCCGCUAAUCAGUUGGCUUCUUACCUCCCUUUCCUCACCCCUUCUUCAUCCAGGGACUCCCUAGCUUCGCUCUACCGGGGCAUCACAAACCUCCAAUCCCGCUACCUCCUAACUUCUCCCUUCUGUAACUCCUUCCAACCGCCCUCCGAAUCCGGUAUCCCACCCGCCAGCAACUCAGCCGCUUCGUCAGAUACCGUCUUCCCCCCCUACGACGCCUCCAAAGUCUUUGAGUGUAAAUACGAGCUCGACUCUUUGGCCAGCUUCUUCCAGAUCUCGGCACAAUACCACGCCGCAACAAACGACACCGCCUUCUUCGGCAAAUUCCAAUGGCUCGACGCUGUCCAGAUAGUCCUGGACACCGCCAAGAAAAUGAUGACGCCCACUUAUGGCCCCGACGGCCAGGUGCUCGAUAGUCCGUACACUUUCACGAGGAUGACGACGCGGACGACAGAGACGCUAGCCAACGAUGGUUUAGGAAGUCCAGUGGCGAGAGACACGGGAUUGAUAAGGAGCGCGUUCAGGCCGAGUGAUGAUUCGACUUUGUUCCAGUUUUUGGUGCCGAGUAAUAUGAUGUUUGCCAGAUACGCGGGGGAUGUUGCUGAUAUUGUCGAGGCCCUUUCUUCGCUUGCGGAUGCCCAGCCUGAAACCGGAUCUGGAUCUGGACUUAAAGCCCCCCCGCCAGGUUUGGGGGAGGAGUUAGCUGCUCUAUCAACCUCCCUCCGUGCGGCCAUAGAAAAACACGCCAUCAUCACCCUCCCCUCUCUUUCCCCCUCCCCCAACACCACAGAAACAGACUCAAAGACAGAAGUAAUCUACGCCUACGAAAUCGAUGGCUACGGCUCUUUCAAUCUGAUGGACGACGCAAACAUCCCUUCUUUGCUCUCCUCCCCUCUCUUCGGCUUUUUAUCCCCGUCCGACCCCAUCUACCUUACCACCCGCGCCCGGAUCCUAGGGAAUAACACCAACCCCUACAUGAUGCACGGACCAGUCAUCAAUGCCGUGGGAGGACCGCAUGCGGGGCCGGGGAUGGCGUGGCCUAUGGGUAGUAUUGUGCGGAUCUUGACUAGUGAUGACGACGAAGAGAUUUUUGGGACACUGAAGGAGUUGGUGGGUAGUACGGAUGGAUUGGGGUUGAUUCAUGAGAGCGUGAAUAGUUGGGAUGGGAAGAGGUGGACUAGGGAGUGGUUUUCUUGGGCUAAUGGGUUGUUCGGGCAGAUGAUUUGGGAUUUGGGGAGGAGGAAGCCGGAGUUGCUGGGGAGGAGUUAUCAGUAG